AGCGCAUUUACUUCUGUAACAAAGGGAUGAAAGGGAUCAUUUCUCAUAACAGACAUAACAGUUCAUUUGAAAAAGAUCUUGAAAAAGCAAAAGUAGACACGCAAGAGUACGGAGUCAAAGUAGCGGCAAAAAAAAGAAACGCAACCGGUCAUAGGUGAGUUUAGAACCUUCCUCAAUACUAGGCCAUAUGUUAUGGCCCACUAGUAGUGAAAAGCGCCGGCUUUGAAAACCAAAACAAUGGCGGCUGAAUCGCGCUUUGCUAGCUAAAGUUGUUUUGUCUCGAUAUUUUUGACCAACUGGUUGGAUUUUAGUAAAACAAUUAUUCCUCUCUCCUUCAUGGCCUCUGAUUCAAUAGCCCAUUCGGCCGCAGGAAACAAAUGCUUUUUUACGGUUAACUCUUUUUACCCUAAUUACGGCUAACGGUUAAAAUUUUUCAAUUUUUACGGCUAUCGACUAAAGUUUUGGCCGUUUUACGCCUAUCGGUUAACCCCAUUGAGACCCUCGGUCAAUGGUUCACAAAUAAAUCCACAUUCUCCAAAAUGGUGACAAACAUCGAAACAUAGUAGUUCAGAGGAAGAACUUUCCAACUCUGACCUCUCUGCCUCGAACGAAAACGACCCCAACAAAACUGGAAAGUACACUUGCACAACUGUCUCCUCAAAAAGCAUAACGGUAAAUAUAGAGUUUUUCUAGAUUAACAAAAGAAAGACUAUGAGAAAGGUAUUGUUAUAGGAAAGACCUAAAUAACGUUCAGUUUACCUAUGUAAAAAGGUAUAGUACUCUGAUUUUGUAGGAAAGCAAAAUAGAAAGAUAUUGUUAUAGAAAGACCUAAAUAGCGUUCAGUUUACCUAUAUAAAAAGGUAUAGUACUCUGAUUUUGUAGGAAAGCAAAAGGUUGCUGUACAUUUAAAAGUCACCCUCCUUAGAUGCGUUAAAUAAAAUUAUUGAUUUUAUUUUAAUUAUUGUUUAUUAUUGAUUUCAGUUAAGGAGCAACUUUUUAGCAACGUUUUGGAAAAGCCCAGCAACUUUGGGCAACUUUUAAGAAAAUUUGAAGCAACGUAUGACUAUGGCUACCGUUUAUAACCGCCGACAAAAACGUAGAUUAAUAUUAAUCGUAAAACAUUUUCAGGUUAUUUCAAAUCUCAAUAUUUCAGCUGACCUUCACGGACUUCUGACUCCUGAAGAAUCGCUAAACUGAAAAAACCAGUUCCCAUGUUUUCAAAACACUCUCUUUAGACAUUAUUAGACACAACUUGCUUAUAUCUAAAAAUAUUUCGAAAUUUUAUAAGCGUACGGCCAAAAUAACCUUAUAAACUGUAAUAACAAAACAGCAAACAACAAAGCGACUUGGGUAGACCCAAUAUUUCGAACGGUCAAGCCGUUCUUCUUCGAGUGAUUUUUUGAGGAAACGGAAAGUAAAUAUAGUUAAAAAGCGGUACAGUUGGAAAUUUGAUACGAGUAAAAAAUUAAUAUGAAUAGACCAAUAGGAAUAAACUAAACAAUACAGUAACUGAUAUACGCCCAGGCUAGUUUAUAAUAGCAAAAAAGUUAAAAUAAGGAGAAAAAAAAUAUAUAAAUAUAUCAUAUCCUAUAAUACAUAAAAAAUAGAUGAUCACAUGCGGAUCCAAAAAUCUCAUUUACAUGAUACAGUGUCGCCAAUGGGAAAACAUCCCCAACACACCAGCAGAAUAUAGGAUAGACGAAACACGCAUUACGAGACAGAUUUGGAGAACACCGAAGAGUCAUAGAACACAAGACCGACGACGCAGUACCACAGCAUUUUAAUCCGAAAGGACACAAACUCGUAGAUGUAGAACUCAUCCCACUUGAACUUAUUAUCAGUAAAAGCGAAUCUGUGCGUAGAGCUCGUGAAUAAUUGUAUAUUGAAAGGGCAAAAACCAUGCAGCCACAUGGCAUAAACAGAUCCACUAUGAAACUGGGAUUUGUGAAAAUACCAUGAACAUCAUUUCCCGUCCAAUGAAUCUUGCAAAAUAAUUUUUCAUGACCUCAUCUGUGGCCAUUAAAUUUUCGUGGGAAAAAAGUUAAAGCUGUUUCAUGGCCCAGGAAUUAUGGGUCACGAAUUUCCAAUGAAACACCACCUUAUGGAAACAUACCAAGAAAGUUCAAUGAUGGAGCCAUGAGAAACGUUUAAUGGGUCAUGAAAUAAAAAUUGAAUUUGAUUUGUGAGUCAUGUAAAAUGUAUGAAUGAUUUCAUGUCUCAUUAAUUUCCCAUGAAAAUGCUGAUGAGGAAAGCAGUGUUACUGUGAAAUAAUGCUUUCAAUUUAAAUAUUUAAUAACUUUGCAGCAAGAAUAUUGCAUUCCUGGCACAAUAUAUACCAAAAGGACAUGUAUACAGUAAAUGAAUUAAUACCGUUUGAGCUGCACUAGAAUUAGCUAUAGCCUAACGAAACCAGUACUUUGGGCUGCACUAUUUACAGUCAACGUUCAACAGGACAGAUCCACUCUGGGACCAUGCAGCUAGCACAACAUCUAAGUUUUUGUCUAUUGUAUCAAUAGUUAAGGAAAAAGACAGAAACACAUACGAACAGGCUCCAAGUAUCCGUUGAAAGAAAGUUGACUGUACUGUAUGUGCUACUCAACAUGAAUUAAGGCACAUGCAAUGUACAAUACUAUUCAGAUGUGUAUACUUAUUAUACACAUCUGAAUACACUGUACUUUAAAAAAAAAAUACCAGCGAAAUUCAAUCCAUGCAUGUACAUGUAUACACUAUCUCCUGCACGGUUCGAUUAUAAAAUGUUUUCAUGUGUUAAAGAAAAAAAAGGGAGUUAAAUAUUGCCACUUGGAAUGAACUAUAGACAGAAAGACAGAUACAUAUACCAACAGUCUCCAAGUAUCCGUUAAAAGAAAGUUGACUGUAAUGUAUGUGCUACUCAACAUGAAUUAAGGCACAUGCAUUGUACAAUACUAUUCGGACGUGUAUACUUAUUAUACACAUCUGAAUACACUGUACAUAAAAAAUACCAGCGAAAUUCAAUCCAUGCAUGUACAUGUAUACACUAUCUCCUGCAUGGUUCGAUUAUAAAAUGUUUUCAUCAGCUAAAGAAAACAAAAGGGAGUUAAAUAUUGCCACUUGGAAUGAACUAGCCUUUACUUCCUCUGCAGCAUGCUUUUUCAGUUGUUCUACUGAAGCACCCUUAAUGAGGCAGAGUGUGGUCAUGUAUCAAAAAAGGAAUAUCCCAUAAAAUAGUUUUGAAUCGAGAUUAGAUCAUGGGGUCAGAUCAUCACCUUAAACUGAAUCAUCAGUAUAAGAACUAAAUUCUUCUGAUGAAUCUUUUAAUUAACAUUCUACAAAUUAUGAAAUGUCAUCAAUUCUUGUUGAAAAUAAUUUGGAUGACUUAAGUGUAACUUACUUGAUUAAAAAUACAGUGUUUAGGCCGUUUUACGUAUUACAGACAGGACAAAAUGUAAACAAGUUUUUCCCUGGCUUUAAUGAUAAAGUUAAAGCUAUCAAGUCAAGAGGCAAGAGCUGGCCUGGGUUGAAAACUGCACUCUACAUUUCUAAAGUACAGAAGUACAGUUACAAAUAAUGUUUCAAUAAAGAGGCAUCUUCAAAGGCCAACAGCGCUAUUUUAUUGAAAAAAGGUAACCAAAAUUCAGCAACAACAGUGAGUACUGUACAUCUUGAACAUUUGUAAUAGCGGAGCUCCCGCUAUAAAUUGGUAACUUAUAAAAGCAAGAAAAUUUGGUUAUGACGUAGCGUACGAACGCCGACCGUCCGUAUGCCCACUUCAUGUAAGCCGAUGCCAAACGUCAGGUUUUAACACGAUUUUAACAUGUAGAAAUACAGUCAUGCACUAGUUGUAAACAUAAAGUUGGGAGGCUAGCAAGACAUUUAUGAAAAAAAUAUGUACUGUGUAAUAUAAUACGGUGUUGAAGGUUUAAAUAUCCAUCCAGUUUACAGGCUAAAAUGUGUAAAUUCUUAGCUGCAGUUGUUGCCCCCCAUAGCACUGCUUGAACCUUGGUAGUAAAUCUCCCUUCCAUUUGAAAACUUAACCUGUCAAAGAAUGAUAAAUAUCACAAUUAGCAACUGAAAAUUUGCUCUACACUGGAGGCUCUGCAAGUAACACGUACGUUCACUACUUCAGUCGGGCUGAGUGGAGUCCAAUAGACCUAUUUACCGAUACGGCAGCCAUAUUGAAUUAAUUCGAUUUAAGGAGUAUUAUAGGAUGCCCAGGGGGCAUGAGCACGUUUCGUUUGCAUUUUUGAGCGCUUUUCGGGACAUUUUUUCUUAACGUUUUCUUAGAAUAAGAUUGUAAUGGGAAAAAAGAUCUUUGUGCCGUGUUUUGAUGUAAUAAUGAUCGCCUUUUUUCCGAGAAAUAUGCAGUGAAAGAUUAUAUUUCUAAUACUAAACUAGAAAAAGGCGAUCAUUAUUACAUCCAAACACGGUACAAGGAUCUUUUUUCCAAUUACAAUCUUAUUCUAAGAAAACUUUAAGGCAACAUGCCUCGUAAAGGGCUCGAAAAUACAAACGAAAUGUGCUCAUGCUCCCUGGGCAUCCUAUAAUACUCCUUAAAUCGAAUUAAUUCAAUAUGGCCGCAGUAUCGGUCUAUUCGGUCUACAAUCAUACAUGUACAAGUGUUUAAUACUGAAAUCAGACAACUGUGUAGCGGGAGUCCAAUUUGUUUAAUCACGAGUACAGCUGUAUGAUUACUGACUGAAUUAGAACUGACAUGAAGCUCCGUUAGACUAAUGAUUAAUAAUAAAAAAAUUAUUAAUCAUAACUUUUGCAAAAGAAAAGUACUGGCACGUAUAAACCAGUCCACUCAUCUUCAUUACCAUGAGCCAAACCAUUUUAUAAGCAACUCUCAAAUGAGGCUGCAUAUUUAUCAACCCAGAACAGAACUAAAUCAUAGGAAUUCUACAGUGUAUAAAUGGACAUACAAGAGCAGUUUUUGCGAUACACGCAUUAGCAUAAACAAGAGCCAUAAUGGGACAGAGAGGGAAUCUUAGGGCGUUGGCCGGGAUAUGUGAAUUUCACUAAAGUUAUUUUUAGAGGUUGUAAUGAAACAGAAGACUAAUUCCUGGGACGUCCGCUCAUUUUAAUCGAUUGUUUGAAACAUCAUCAAGUCCACGCGUGAGCAAACGAAGCAGAAUAUUGUGACGGCAAUCGACUGUUGAAUAUUGAACAUGACCCUUUUCGAGUGAGAUUUACAGGCGUCUAGAUCUCGGCAUCAAUAUUUAGAUGAGCCUGAUGAGCACAUUUCAGUUCAAGAAAUUGAAGUUAGCGUUCCUACUCGCAAGCGUACGAUAAGCGAUGAUUUGUCCGAAGAGGACUCAAAUUCUGUUUCCCUCGUGAGAAAGCCGUGAGAAGAAGUCCGCUUAAUUGUGACAAGAAACAGACGAAAGUCAAAGAAUUAACUAAAAUGCUUAAAAUGAUGCUGCUUGUUCCAAUAAGUUUUUUCCUUCUGGCGGAUAGAUAAUAUGCUCUGGACGGUUCUAAAAUGUGAUUUUUGCCGCUCGUUUCACACCGAGAGGUCAUGACGCGCAUAUUGAUUUUCUGUGGGUUUUGUUUUUGGUCGGCAGGAUUGGCCCUCUGAUCUAAAAUUAACGCUCUUUGUUGCGGCUAAAUAAGGUUUUAUGUUGUUUAAUUUUCCCCAAAGUGCCUCCUGGAUCUGAAUAACUAAAAGCAAUAUUCUUUUGUCCGCGAAUGUGAUGGUUUCCCGAAAUGUUUUGACACGCUGGGCCAACAACCUCGAAUGUCAAAUGAACUUGACGGGUUUUGUUUGCGUCCUCUGCGUCCUCUGUCCUCUGUCACGCUAUGGAGGGUAUACUUCAAUUCGGCGUCGUGGUUGUGGAACUGAUUAAUUGUAAAUGCGGUGGAAUAGUAAGAAAUGAAAUAUGGUAAUGGUAAGGUGUUAAUUUGUGAAAUUAUGGGAUUUGUCAGGAUAUUCUGAAAAGAACAACAUCCAAGAGGCCUUAACUUGCCAAAAACUGGCAUUUCGGGGCAAAUAGGCCAUUUGCACCAUGGCGUCAUUUUACUAUUAAGACCAGAAUCCUUCAGUGUACUGCUUUCUUGUGCAAAUUAAGGCUUUUGUUAAUUAAACCUCACUGGGACUACCAAAUUUAAGAGGCAGUCUCCCUAAAAGCGUUCCACUGGAUUCCGAACUCGACAAAACUUUUGCAUUAUAUUUUGCCAUCAAUACUACUAUCCAUCCUAAUAAGGAAAUUGCAGAUAGAAUUCCCAGCAUUUCAUUGCUGGACGACCGUUGGCGGCUAAAAUAUUCAAAUUUUAGUCACUGUUGUACGGGUUGUUUGAUGAUCGUUUAAAGGUACUUCGGGUCAUCAAAUCUUAGAGUACUCAUUUGGAAGCAUAUUGCUUCUUCUUACUGUUCCAAUACCAUUUAGGCAUUAUCUUUCGGUAAUCAGCAAGAACUGGUCGUCUUUACUUCACUAAUCCAAUUAAGAAAGCAAACUGCUCGAGUAAAUUAUGCCUCAAAAUCACCAGUGGCACCUAAUUCAGACCUAAGAACAUGUUUUAGUUAAAGAUUUUGUGGAGUUAUGCAAUAAAACUUGUGGCACAUCGCGAUUCAGAAUUGAAGGUUUCAACUCAAAUUUAGUUAAAUGUUCAAUUUGCUGUCACAGCAAAAUCAGUUAUUCAAAUACUUGCCACUUUUAAGUAAGAUAUGCUUCAUUUUCCCUCCAAACCUAUAUUAAAAUUCCCUUUUCCCCCUCGCCAAUGAUAUAUAUCGUUCAAAAAUUAGUUCAGCAAGUAAAAGAUUCCUUUCCAACCUUCAAUUUUGUGCCUCAACAAUGAUGCCACACAAACGCUUGUUCACUCCAUUGUUAUAGGCAGCUUAGAUUAUUGUAAUAGUCUUCUUUAUAAAGUUCCCGCGGUACACAUGAGUAAGUUACAACGCAUUCAAAAUAAUCCUGCCCGGCUCGUAUGCUUAACUCCGAGCCAUCAUAUUACGCCCGUCUUAUUUUCUUUGCAUUGGCUACCCGUUGCUACCGUAUCGAGUUUAGAAUCUUAGUUUUAACGUUUAAAGCAGUAUAUCAAUCUGCGCCGUCCUAUAUCUGCAAGCUAGUUCGAUUAAAGGAGAACUGUAAAUACCAACUUUGUUCUUCUGAAGAACUACUAUUGCAGUUGCCCAUGGGAAAACAAAGAAAACUCUGGGUGACAGAGUUCCAAUUAGUAAAAUCCAGCUAUUGAUCUAUUGUCAAUGCUGCGUUCUGAUUGUUUGAGCGACUACUAGGCUAUAUGUUAUAGCCCAAUAGUAGCGAAAAGCGCCGGAUUUUUGGCUGCAAAAAGGAUUAAAGUCUUGCUUGAAGUUGUUUUGUUUCGAUAUUUUCGGAACAAAUAGUUGGAUUUUACUAAAACAAUUAUUCCUGUUAAUGAUAUAUGAAAUAAAUCAUAUAUGAACUGCGGAAAUGAAAUGAAAAUGAAGAAAUGAUCGUCGCAGUGAACGCAAUUUAUGCAAUUGCGUAAAGAGGCCUGACAAAAAAUUCAGGACUUCAACGGGGUUUGAACCCGUGAUCUCGCGACACCGGUGCGAUGCUCUACCAACUGAGCUAUGAAGCCACUGACGUUGGAAGAAGGUCAAUUGUGGGUUCAUAUGUUCCCGUGAAAGAAAUGAGUGUUAAUGAUAUAUGAAAUAAAUCAUAUAUGAACUGCGGAAAUGAAAUGAAAAUGAAGAAAUGAUCGUCGCAGUGAACGCAAUUUAUGCAAUUGCGUAAAGAAGCCUGAAAAAAAAGAAAAGGACUUCAACGACGAUCAUUUCUUCAUUUUUAUUUCAUUUCCGUAGUUCAUAUAUGAUUUACUUCAUAUAUCAUUAUUUCAUAUAUCAUUCAAACCCCGUUGAAUUUUUUUUCAGGCUUCUUUACGCAAUUGCAUAAAUUGCGUUCACUGCGACGAUCAUUUCUUCAUUUUCACAAUUAUUCCCCUCGCCCUCAUUGCCUCUGAGUCAAUAGCUCAUUCGGCCUUCGGCCUCAUGGGCUAUUGACUUAGAGCCCAUUCGGGCUCGAGGCAUAAUUGUUAAAUAGCUGCCCCUGCACUGUGGAACAGUUUGCCUGCAGGUGUCAGAGACAUCGAUAACUUUUUGGUUUUUAAACGAACAAUAAAGACUUACUUAUUUAGCAAGGCUUUUGCCUGUUAUAGUUAGAUUGAUAAAUUUUAGAUUAUAAAUUUUAGGUAUUCUUAAGUACAAUUUAUACUUUAUUGUUAUUAUUAUAGGUAGUUAUAGUUGUAAGGCGCAUUUGAUCAUAUUCAGAUGUUAAUUUGUGCCUAAUAAGAAAUAAAUCAUUAUAUUAUUAUUAUUAUGUUUAAUUUCCCACUGCCCCGAACAUUCGUGUUAAGUCUAUUAUGUGAAGACGGAAAAAUAUCGUUUCAGAACCAAAUCAAUCAAUCAAUCAAUCAAUCAAUUUAUUAUUACGUGGGAUGGGGUUGCCCCGAUCAUCCGAGCCAGAGGCUCAUGUAUAAAACGCAUGACAAUAAAAAUACUAAGUCAAUAAAGAUACAAUACAUUUAAAUAAAAAAUAAUUUAAAAAGAUCAUAAAUGUAUGAAAACAAAUAACAAUAAUAUAUCCGUGAAUGCACUAAGCUACACCCACCCGAAUCCCACUGAAUUAAUUAAAAACUAAAAACCGUAAGAAAAAGUUUAAAACCCUAAGGGAAAAAAACCUCUUCUAGUUUAAGAUGUGGUCCAGUCUGAAAAAGCUGCACUGACCAGAAGUUACUCCGAUCCAUAACUUUUUAAAAUAGACCGUUAAAAAGUAAAUUUCCCACUGCUUGAUUAAAUAUGCGUGAACAGGUCCGAAAAUAUUUGACUAGCACUUCGCCCCAUGUAAGAAUAUCCGGAUUCUAGAAUCUGGGAAAUUAUUGCUUGUAGAAUCCAAAAUCCGCGAAAAUUUUGCUUGUGGUAUCCGGAAUCCAGGGCUUUGGAAUCCAGAAUAGAGCUCAAGUACUCCGAAAUCCCACUAAGGCAUGGAAUCCAGAAUCCACGUUCCACUGAAAAUCCAGCUCCCGGAAUCCACAAUCCACGGAAUGGGGUCCAGAAUCCAAGACUGUCUUGAAUUCCCUAACAGGGGGCGAUAGUACUGGACUGCGAAUGGCGAGUUACUAUAAUGCACACAUAAAAGAAAAAAGACCCUCUCAGUUGGCUGAACAAGAUUGUCCGCGCCGGUAAGCUGGUGCAUCAAAUAAGCACCGCACCGAAGUCGCAAAAACGAAAUGAUAAACGCGGAGGCGCCAAAUUUAGUAAAAUCGAUAUUAAUAUGAAUUUGGAUCCACACGGAGGGUCCAAAGGCCGUUUUUAAAAAAUGUGAUCCUAGAUCCUUUAGAUGUUUAGACGUAUGUAUUUUUACAUCAUUAACAGUGUACUGUGCAAGCGUAUGUAAGAACAGGGUAAUAACCCGCUAACAAGACGUGAGACAAGAAAAGACGUGAAAACAGUGUAGGGGUCUCGACGUGGAGAAAACGUUCAUGCUGGGGAAACCAUCGACAAGGCCGGUUUCAGACUUCUCGUCAGUUCUCACCUCUACUGAAUGUUCGAAUCCAGAGGUAUUUGUCGACGUUGGGCUUUCAACAGAAAAUUCUGUCGGUGAAUUCUCCAUAGUACCAAACAAUUGAGUGCUCUCGGUAAUAUGACUAGGGCACGGUAAGGGGUUGGUUAUCACGAUUUUGACUUGCAAUUUAACUUCGACUCUACAAGGUUUCGAUAUUGCAAGGGAUGCGCUUAUCUCUUUCUGGUUCACGCGUGUAUCUUUUGAUAUUCAAAUCCCUCAGCUCAUAAAUGAUAUCAAAUGCGCAAGUCCAUUAGGUGAUUGUUUACCUUUCAGCUGUGCAACAGUGAUUAAUAUCAGGAUAUUACUUAAAGCCACUUCCUACUUUUCUCCAUCACUUCAUUAUGUUUGGACUUUCACUUCCCGUAAAUUUCUAAAUAAAAGAAAUUGAUUGGACUACUGAGUUUGUCAGUGUCUGAACUUGAACUUACGAUUAGGACAAUACCCAUCGAACCUUUUGUCGUUAUCUUAUCACAAAUAUUAUAAAGAAACUAAUGAUAAAGAUAUUAGAAAUGAUUUUACGAUUUCAUACGUACGUGAUCUCAGCCAAAUCAGUCGAACCAAAGACGAGAACAAUGACAAAGAAGGAGAAAUACUAGGAUUCAAGCACUUGAGAAGCGGUUUGAAUUGUUAAAUUUGGUGUAGUAAGGUUAUUUCUUACUUUUUCACUGGGAUAAUUUUAAGAUAUUCAAUGUGGUUGUCUCGGUUCUCUUUCCAUGGGAACCAAACAUCAUUGAAACACCUGCUAAAGUACCAAUGACGUUCCCUUUCUCUGACGUCAUUGUAAAAGUUCCUCAAGUUGUGUUUUCGCUAUAUUCUUUAAGUCGAAAGAUGAAACCAUAAGGUUACCUGUUAAGAAGCUGUCUGUUCCAGCCUGGGUAAAUGAAGAACCAAUUUUGACAACUGCCAAAUGAGUCUGGGAGGCUGUGAUACAAAAGUCAUAUAGCCUGCUGAAAAUGCAUAAGAUAUUGACACGCAAGUCCACAUUUAUUUUCAUUUGAAUAUUGCGAUAGGUGCAAAUUCUGAAUAAUGAGUUCAACUUUUUUUCCUUUUGUAUAAAUUUCGGUGAAAAAUACAGCUUCAGCUUCUAAUAGAAGUAGACGGCAAAUAAUGCAUAUCAUUUAUUAUUAUAUCCAGUAUUUUAUUAUUUUGUAAUUCAUGUCCCUUACUGCUUUACUUGCACAUAUUAGAUGCUCCUUCCCUCUCCUCGCCACCCCCCAUCCCCCACCCAAAGUUGACAGAUUGUAAUUGGCAGUAUAACCUCCAACAAAACUGUUGAGAGAGUUCCGUCCAUUUUCUAAAUUUUGCGCCAUACUACCAUCUCCUCUAAACAGAAAAAGAAAGCCCCCUCCACAUCCCCUAUUCAACGUUGUUUUGGUCUAAAUCCCAACGCGUAUAAUUCUCGUGUUAUCUUAAGCAAUAUAGGAUAAGAGGAACGGGGUUCACAGGACGAGAUUCUAGAUCACCAUGUUUCCGCAGGGAGGAAACGUGACGGAUAUAAGCAACUUCCCGUUUUCGUCGAGUUUACAAAAUACGGAAAAACGUUAUUUCGUUCUGUGGUUGUUUCUCCGCAGGUUUUGUCCGAGGUUGUAGAAUUGGUUGGACUAUAAUUCCAAUGUCCGUUGUAUUUUGAAAGGCAUUCAACGCAACACAUUUCAACCCGAAUAUAUUUCCACAAACACCUUGUUUAAUUUACACCUAAAUUGAAAAAUAACUUGGAACAAGACUCCCCUCCAGACAAAGAUUUACAGUCAAGACAUUAAUAUGCGCUUUUCCAAAUAAUUUCUAAAAAUAUAUGGCAUUAAUCAUUAAUCUGAUAACAAUCUUUAUCAAAGGUUUACUCAGAGGCUCUAUUAUAAACAAAGGCAGUCAAUUAAAAUAUUGAGGAAGUUCUACUGGCACCAAAGCACUUCGCAAUGGAAAAACCGGCUAAAGACAUGGAGAAAGACUACGUACGAAAAGAUCCCAGACUUCGUUUCCUUAAAUUCCUUUUACUUUGUUCUUUGAUGAAUCUUUGGAUCCAAGGUAGGUUAUCUUUGUAAGUAAUCCGGUAAAAAUGAUAUAUUCUGUACGCUUUGAUUAUAAGUAAACCCAAAACAUUAUUUUCAUCCUUUUUUUUCAAAAAAAAAAAAUAAAAUAAAAAGAAAUAGGGCUCCCAUAUUACCCCAAGAAUCAAGAGAACAAGGCUAGUCAUUCAUCGACUGAUCUGGAAGGAAAAUAGUUUUGAAAGAAAAAGAACUCCAAGUUCUUCGUAUGCAAUGUUACAACUUUGAGGUUAUGAGGAGUGAGAAGAAGCUAGUUUCUUUGCAGUCCUACAGUCAACUCUCUUUAUAGCGGACGCUGUAGGGACCUUGGGUUACUGUUCUCAUAAGCAAGAGUCCGUUAUAGCGGGAAUUUGUUUCAGUCAAACAUCUGUAAUUUAUGAGAAGAGCGCGAAAGCGGGGGCCCCAAUCUCCCUCCCUUUUUCCCUUCCUUCCUACCUUCAUCCCUCCAUGAAUGAAUGAGUUGAAUGAGUUUAUUAGUUUUCCACUAAAUGGGUUUUAAAAACUAAUUACAAUCAAUACUAAAUACAUUAAAAUUAAAAAUCUAAAAUUCUAAUAGAUGGUAAAAUAUAUCACAUUACUAAUUAAAAACUGCUGAGAAAUUCCUUUAAAUGUCUCUUGAAGAUUGGCAAAUUGUCACAUCCUCUUAUUUCACAUGGAAGAGAAUUCCAGAAACUCGUUGCACGGUAUAAAAAUGUGCGUUGCCCAGAAGCUGACUUAUAAGCUGGGAUAUUCAAGUUAUUCUUAUAUCUAGUAUUACAGUCAUGAACGCAAUCACGUGUCUUAAAUCUAUGACAAAGGUAGCUAGGGGCUAACCCCUUACCACAUUUAAAUGCUAAAACUCCAAGUGUAUAUUUAAGAAAACUGGUCACGGGGAGCCACCUUAGCUCUCUUAAUGCCGGUGUUACAUGAUCAAAUUCCGCUUUCCAGUGAUAAUUCU